AUGUCCCUCCGCACGGCGUUCCUCUUGGCGGCCUUCCUGCCGCCGCGCCCCUGCGUGCCUUGCUGCGCCUUCGUGCUGUUCGUUGUCCGCAGAUCCCCGGGCGUCGGGAGGAUGUUACAGGAUGGAAACCCGUUUGGUCCCUUCUGGGAUCAGUUCCAGGUGGAUUUCGAUAGGUCUGAGCUCUUCAAGGGAAUUUCCUUCAGUCCUGCGUACAAGGACCACUGGAUCCAAAGAUUUUCACCAUCUGAGCACCCUGUAGUCGCCUUACCUGGAGCUCCGGCCCAGUUUCCGGUCCUAGAGGAGCACCGGCCCCUCCACAAGUACAUGGUGUGGUCCGAUGAGAUGGUGAGGAAGGGAGAAGCCUGUAUUCAGUCUCUGCUGGUCAGGCCCUACGUGGGAAUUCACCUGCGGAUCGGCUCGGACUGGAAAAACGCUUGCAAGAUGUUGAAGGACGGGACGGCCGGGCCGCACUUCAUGGCCUCACCUCAGUGCGUGGGCUACGACCGAGGCGCGGCGCCGCCUCUCACCGUGGAGAUGUGCCUGCCGGACCUCAGGGAGAUCAAGCGCGCUCUCGAGCUCUGGGUGGAAAAGACAGAAGCUAAAUCCGUUUAUAUCGCUACCGAUUCCGAGCCCUACACAGCGGAAAUCCAGCAGCUCUUCCAAGGAAAGGUCAAGGUGGUGAGCUUGCAGCCCGAGGUGCCGCAGGUCGAUCUGUACAUCCUCGGCCAGUCCGAUCACUUCAUCGGGAACUGUGUCUCUUCGUUUACCGCCUUCGUGAAGAGAGAGCGCGACGUGCAUGGAAAACCCUCCUCGUUUUUUGGCAUGGACCACCCGCCACGGCUACGGGAUGAAUUCUGA